AUCAACUAGAGAGUCAAGAUAAGAAAUAUAAAUUAUAAAGAAAGAAAUACAUUACUCGGUUGUUGGAGAAAAACGGUUCAGGAAAUUCCUAAAUUGACCAGUAGCGCGAAGACAGACGCUAGAAGUAUACAUUUUUGUCUUAUUACUCUUUGUACUAAAUUUUAACAAUAUGUAUUACGAUCAUGUAUAAAAAGUAGGAGAAAACGUAUACCUGGCGAGUCUGACUUCAUGUCACUAGAAAGUUUAGCUAAUUUUUGCUAACCCUUAUCUCCGGGCAGUAUUCUGGUCAGUGCCUUGAACGCACUUUUAGUUUCCUACCAUUUCGCGGUUUUCGUAAUAUAAAUUUGUGAUUCACGCGUUAACAACGAAUGUAAUAUAAGCAAAACUUUGAUUAGAAAAUAUCAAACAAAAUGAUGGAAGGUCAGAUUGUUUUUAUGAUAAUGAUGCUGAUCAUACUUAAAAAUACGCAAUUGAUAGUUGGAAAAUUAAAUACAGAAAUAACACCGGCUGAAAUGAUACUCACAAAUGGAUAUCCACUAGAGACACAUUUUAUCACAACAGACGAUAAGUAUGUUUUAACAUUUUAUCGUAUACCAGGCCCACCACAUGCAAUUCCUGUAUUUUUGCAACACGGUGUUUUUGAAAGUGCAGCAGACUGGUUACACAUAGGAAGAAACAAAUCACUUGCUCUAUUACUUUCGGAUCGAGGAUACGACGUGUGGUUAGGGAACGCGAGAGGUAACACGUACGCUAAAAUGCAUGAUAUUUUAGCUAUAUCUGACCCGGGAUUUUGGAAUUUCAGUUGGAACGAGUUAGGAAUUUACGAUAUUCCUGCCGCAAUCACAUAUAUUACAAAUAUAUCGAAUAAAACUUUAUUUUACGUUGGACAUUCUAUGGGAAGUUCGUCAUUUGCAGUCAUGGCUUCUGAAAAGCCCGAAAUAGCCAGCAACGUUCGAGCAAUGUUUGCCUUAGCUCCUGUUGUUUAUGAUGGACACAUCAAACAACCAUUGCUAAAAAUUGUUGCUCCGUUUUGGAAAGAGUUUCAGUGGAUAACUAAAGUGUUGGGUAUCCACGAACUUUUGGGACGGAACGUGCUCUUCGAUUUCAUAGCAAAUCAUGUCUGUCCUAUAUUUUUCAUAGGAGAUUUCAUAUGCAGCAAUAUACUGUUUUUUAUUGGUGGGUUCGAUCGAGAUCAUUUGAAGAAGGGUUUGACUCCGAGCAUUAUAAGCAAAAUUCCAGCUGGUACAUCAGUAAAGUUAUUCGUUCAUUGGUUACAACAAAUGGAUUUGGGCGAAUUUCGUAAUUUCGAUUAUGGAACGAAAGAUAACUUGAAGGCAUACGGAAGUCCUGAACCUCCCAACUACGAUUUGAGUAAAAUCCAGGUACCGAUAGCGGUCUUUUGCUCUGACAAUGACUGGAUAGAAAGUCCGACGGAUGCAAAGCAUUUUUACGAACAAGUUCCGAAUAAACUAGGCUUUUACGAAGUCGACCAUUCGUAUAAUCAUUUCGACUUCCUCUGGGGACUUAACGCUUCGAGCCUUGUGUAUUCAACGAUUUUCGAUUUGAUGUCUCAAUUUGUCGAUUGAAUCUAUGUAAGUUCAUUGUAACCGUUGCACAUGAGCUCUUUCAUUACAAUACAAAUAAGUUAACCAAAACUUUGAUUGAUUUUUCACAAAAA